AUGUCAAAGAAUGGUCAAGAUAUAACAACUUCAGUAAAGAAAAGAAAAUUGGCUCAAAAAUUUUUGAAUUCAAUAAAUUCUCAAGGGUUUUCAGAAUGUUUCAAGAAAAUAUCAACAUCACUUUAUAUAUUAUUAUCACCUGCAAAAUUAAAUGAUCCAAUGGAUGGAAUAAAACAACAACAUUUAGAUCCCCUAUUAAUGACAUAUUAUUCCAAACUCAGAGGUAUAAUAGUGAGUUAUUCAAAUUUGAGAUUUUCAAAUUCAAGUUCUGAGUCUUAUGAAUUAGGUAAAAUUGAAGGUAAUACACCAUUUAUGUUUUUUUGGAUUUCGGUUGAUUUUUUGAUCUUCAGACCUCAAAUCGGUGAUAUUUUAUCUGGUGAUGUAUAUUUACAAUCACCUUCACAUAUAGGUUUAUUGAUUUUUGAUACUUUUAAUUGUUCAAUCAAAAGAAAUUCAAUACCCGAAAAUUGGUCAUUUCAAUAUAGUGAGAUAGAUGAAGUAGAAACUGAUAAUAAUAGUAAUAAAAAUUUUGGUCAUUGGAUCAAUGAAAAUGGCAUAAGAGUAGAAGGUAAAUUAGUGUUCACGAUAAAGUCCAUAUAUACCACCGGUAAAAUGAUUUCGGUAGAAGGUACUUUGAUUAAACCAGAAGAAGAUCCAUCUGCUCAACCAAUAACUUCCUCAAAACACAAAAAAUUCGAUGAUGAUGAUACUGAAGUUAGAGAUAUAAUUAUUAACGAGGAAAAAGAUAAUAUUUUACCAACAUACGUUGAAAGUGAUCAAGAAAAUGAAGAUGAAGCUAUUGUAAAUAAAUCCGAUUCAGAUAAUGAAGUUGAGUCUGAUUAA